CUCGAGUCGCGUUCAACGUCCUUUCUCGUCUUUCCUCAUACAACCUUACUUUUUCUUCCUAGCUUUUUACGAUUGCAGUUGGUCAUUGGCAUUUGCGAUUUCGACCAUUCUCUUUAUUAAAUCGUAUCACAGACUUAUAGUCGCACACAUUUUAUCCAUUCAGCUAACCUUCACAUCAAUUCAUCAUGACGAUCGUAGCUCUCGGCCUCUAUGGGCUUGAGGUCCCGGCGCAAGGUGUCUUGGUUCCUGCCAUGACGGAGGGUGGUGUCCCAGGUGCCGCUUAUCGCAUCACUAUGGCUGCUCUCGACCCGACCGAGGCGCCCGAGGCUGACGAGGAGGGCAAUAUCGCUGCCGUCCCUCGUGCUACUCUUAAACUUAUCCGCCGCGUGCCUUCUCACGAUGAUGAAUCGGAUGAUGAAUACCUUAAUGAGUUGAUGGGUGGCUCAUCUGACGAAGAUGAUGACGAUGAUGAUGAGCCGAACGGUGGCCCUAGCGACCCGGCUAAGUCGAAGAAAGCUCGACAGGCUGCUGCUUUACAGAAGCUCAUUCAAGCUGCCCAAGAAGAGGAAGACUCUGACGAGGAGAUGGACGAUGUCAAGCCCAACGGCAUCAAGGCCGGCAAGAAGGGCAAGAAAGGCAAGGAGCCUGCUACGUCCAGCGAUGAUGAGGAUGAGGACGAGAGUGUCGGAUCUGAGUCAUUGGAGCUUGAGGAGUUUGUUGUGUGCACUCUUGACACUGAACGCAACUACCAGCAGCCCAUUGACAUCACCAUUCUUCCUGAUGAGGAGGUGUUCUUCGUAGUUAGGGGAACACACGCCAUUCACUUGACUGGCAACUACCUUAUUGACACCGAUGAGCCCCACUCUGGCUCUGAGGAUGGCGAUGACGAUGAAUACGACAUGGAAGGAAUCGAGGAGUACGACACUGAUGACUCCGAGGUCGACGAACUUGAUGAUCUCCAGGACCCUCGUAUCACAGAGGUAGACUCUGAGGAUGAGCCUCCCAAGCUAGUCAAGACGGAGUCCAAGAAGAGCAAGAACAAACGCCCUGCCGAAGACGAGACCGAGGGUCUUGACGAGCUGAUGGCUAAGGCCGAAGAGACCAAGCUUAGCAAAAAGCAGCAGAAGAAGCUGAAGAACAAUAAAGGCGAAGCGGUUGCUGUUAAGGAGGAGGCCAAGGCCGAAGCCAAGGAUGCUUCUAAGAACGACAAGAAGGUCCAAUUCGCCAAGAACCUCGAGCAAGGUCCUACCGGCUCGGCCGCCGCAGAGAAGGGAGCUAGUCUCGGUGUCAAGGUUGUCCAGGGCGUCACCGUCGACGACCGCAAGAUCGGUUCCGGUCGCAUUGCCAAGAAGGGUAACAAGGUCGAGGUCCGAUACAUCGGCAAGCUCCAAAACGGCAAGGUCUUUGAUGCCAACAAGAAAGGCAAGCCUUUUAGCUUCUCGGUAGGCAAAGGCGAGGUCAUCAAGGGAUGGGACGUCGGUGUUCAGGGCAUGUCCGUAGGUGGAGAGCGUCGCCUCACCAUCCCGGCCAACCUUGCCUACGGCAGCAAAGGCCAACCCGGCAUUCCCGCAAACAGCACCCUGAUCUUUGACAUCAAGCUGUUAGCAAUUAAAUGAUCGCGUGGUUCACCGCAAAAUUCUCCUUACGCUAUUAUUUCCUGAUACCAUCCGGGUUGGUUGUAUUCUAUUUUUGGUCGCUAUGGCCAAGUAUAUGUGCGGUAUGAACUGUCGUCGGGUUUCCUUAAUCAUGCGCUGCGUGGUCUCCGACCUGCGCAGGUCUGCUAGGAUCCGGCGUCGUUUGGACGCGGGAAGCAGAUGUUGUCAUAAGGGAUGACGAGGUCUGUAUUGCAUCAAAGGCGUAAAAAGUGCAAGGGCUGGUUGGUUAUCCUCUCGUGUAAAUGAAUCCACGGCUUUUUGUAGGUAGUUGCAAUGCUACCAAUCAAGUCUACGUUAGUAAAUUUGACGUCUUCCUUAACUGAG